AUGCCGCGCAAAAAGUGGCCGUCCCUCCUCCUCUCCGCUCCUCUCCGCCUCGCGAUCUUUCUCGUAAUAGAACAGGAAAACACACCGCCUAAUAAACGAACGUCGCGCCGGUCAUUGGGCACGACGAGUCAGCAGCCAGCCAGCCAGCUAGCCAGCCAUCCGUCUGGCCGUAACUGGCUCGCAGCGGAGGCGGGUUGGCUCGCCGUCAGCCCGCAU